UCUCACAUAAGGUCAGUGCUGGAUGGGACCAAAUCCUCUGAGACUUCCAGACUAACUCCAGAGGUAGCAGAGCCGGUCAGGCUCGGGGGGUUAAUCUUGGAUGUUGCACCCUCUCGCCUCCCCCAUGGUGCUUUUCUCAAGGACUCAUUGGUGAUUUUAGGAAUUGCAAUAAGAAGAACAUCAUGACUCUCCUGGGAUGUGAGCAGUCUCUACUGAUACGGAGCAAAUUCAGAUCAGUUCUACAGUUACGACUUCAGCAGAGAAGGAACCGACAACAUCUGGUGGAUUGUAGCCUCAUGCCUCCCCUCAAAAGUCCAGCUGCAUUCCAGGAGCAAAGGAAAAACUUGGAGCGAGCCAAGAGUGAAGAAUAUUUGAAGCACAAGGUCAGAAGCAGGCCAGAAAAGUCCGAUCCUAUUAAUAUGCACAUUUUACCAGAAUCAUCUGCUGAGAGUUCGGCUCAGGCUGCUCAGAUGAAACUGAAAAGGGCUCGGCUUGCAGAUGACCUCAAUGAAAGGAUUGCCCUCAGACCAGGCCCUUUAGAACUUGUGGAAAAGAAUAUAAUUCCCCUUGAAUCUACUGUGAAAGAAGUAAUGAAAGGCAAUUCAGCCAAUUACUCCAAGCCUGUGGAUGCCUUUGCCUUCGAAGAGGACAGCAGCAAUGACGAGUCCCUCGAUCAAGAGAGAAGCAACGAUUCUCAGGGAAUGUCAUCUUCAUCUCCGCAAGAGACCAAAAAUAUGGAUGCCACUAGUUCUCCAGACUCUGCUCCAAGACAGAAUCAUAUCCAAGAAACUGAAAAUGACCCACAGGACAGCAGCGCACACCAGAUUCAUCCAUGUUCCCUGCACCCAGAAAGCCAGAUGUCUACAACAGGACACAUAGCCUCUAGUUCUGCAGCUGUAAAGACCAAGUCUACAUUAGAUUCCAAAAACCGGCACAAGAAACCUAAAGACAUCAAGCCCAAGGUGAAAAAGCUAAAAUAUCACCAGUACAUUCCUCCGGACCAAAAGGCUGAAAAGUCUCCUCCGCCUAUGGACUCUGCCUAUGCCAGGCUCCUACAGCAGCAACAACUAUUUCUUCAACUGCAGAUUCUAAGCCAGCAACAGCAGCAACACUUCAGUUACCAAGGCAUGCACCACCCACAUCUCAAGCAACCAAAUGAUCACAUGACUCGGAAUCUUAACACAUCUAUGGUUAGCAGCCCAUCACUGUCUCCAGUGAAGACCGCGUUCUCUGGCCAAGCAAAUAUGUCCUCCAUGAAACCAGGUCUAUUGCCCUCUAAUUUGGAUGAUUUGAAGGUGUCCGAGCUGAGGCAACAACUAAGAAUACGUGGCCUCCCUGUAUCUGGUACAAAAACUUCACUGAUGGAACGACUACGACCCUUCCAGGAGUGCAGCGGGAAUAAUGUCUCAUCAUUUAGUGAAAUCACAACGGUUACCUUUCCUGUUAAUCCAAACAACUCAAGCUUCCAAACCCACCCAUCGGGAGGAGUCAUUUCAAAUGGAUUCUAUCAGUUUGGCAGCACCAGCUCCACCCCACCAAUAUCUCCAGCCUCCUCAGACCUCUCUGUUAAUGGUUCCUUGCCUGAUACCUUCAGUGAUGGACCAAUGUCUUCUCCUCACUUUGGUCUGCACCCUUCUCCUAUCCACCUUAGUGCAGAGGAAAGUCUAAUGAGCAGUAUUAACAGUGGUAGCUACCAAGUAGAACUGGAAGGCAUGGAUGCUGAAAAAGACAAAAUGUUGGUGGAGAAGCAAAAGGUCAUCAAUGAGUUGACCUGGAAGCUCCAACAAGAGCAAAGACAAGUUGAGGAACUUAGGCUGCAACUGCAAAAGCAAAAAGGGAAUUGUGGGUCUCUUGACAAGACACUUCCAUCUCAACAUUUUUUUGGAGUGCCAAUAAAGCAAGAAAAUGUCUCGAGCUGCCCCUUUGCAGCUAAGCAAAUGACUUUGAAAGCCCAGGUAAACAAUGUAUCUGAAAAGCAUGGAUCGUGUCCAACACAACCAAUGCCUUGCCUGAUGAACAACCAUUGCAUGGAGGCUUCCAACCCAAAUUCCGUCAUUUCUUCCACUUUCCUGAGUCCUCAAUGUUCCCCACAACAUUCUCCCAUUGGAACUACAAAUAGUCCACAGCACAUCAGUUUACCCCCAUCUCCCAAUAACCACUACCUGGCUGUAUCUCCAAGCUCACAAGGAGAUACCCGCAGCAUGUCACCACAAGUCAACCACCGGAUUCACACCACACAGAAUACUGGAAGUUCUGUCUGCUACUCACCCAACCAAAACACUCUACAGCCAUCCUACAUUGACCAGUCAGAAAACAAGCAGAAUAUCAAAGAACAAGUCCCACCAAAAAGUACAGCAGUGCUAGGAAAGGCAGGUCAAAAGCUUCCCACUCCCGGCACGAAUUUCUGUAAUGCAACCUCUACAGUUUCCAAGCAGCUUCCCUCCUAUGAGGAUGCAGUCAGACAGCAAAUAACAAGGAGUCAACAGAUGGAUGAACUUCUUGAUGUCCUGAUUGAAAGUGGAGAAAUGCCAGCCAAUGCCAAAGAUGAGAGGUCAUGUGGGCAGAAGCUCAGUCAGCUGAAUGUGUCAACUGGAAACCAAAGUGUGACCACCUCGAACGCUCACCUUCCAUACGAGAACUGCUCGAACAGUGAUGGCCACCUUGAAGUCUUACUCAACACUCAUAGCCCCAUGAGUAGACCUAAUGAAAUACCGCUUCUUAAAAUCGGAAAUGAUGAUCCACACUUUGAGCGGGUGAUUGAAGGGUUUCCUGGAAAAGGUUCUGAGGAAAUGUUGGAAUCUUCUUUAUCUUCCAUGGAAACUCAGUUGUCCCCAUCUUCAGUGGAAAACAAUGGUCUUCAUCAUAUCAGCUUUACUGAAUCACCUUGGGAGUCCAUGGAGUGGUUGGACUUAACGCCACCAAGUUCGGCCACAGGCUUGGGGUCACUCACCACUGCUGGUCCCAGUAUCUUCAACACUGAUUUCCUUGAUGUUACUGAUCUCAACUUAAAUAAUACAAUUGACCUGCACUUAGAACAGUGGUAAAAAUCUACCACG